UUAGCCCUUUGAUUUUUUUUGGCAUGCUUAUGGAUUUGCUUUUCGUUUUUAAAGACCCCCUUAUAGAUUUGUAUAGAUUUGGUUGAAGUCACAGAUGCCAUAUUCUUCAUCUUUAUAAUGCAAGUUUUCUUUCCAGGUAGAAGGACAAGAAAAUAAUGAGCCAAUGCCAUAGAAACGCAAAGGGUUAAAGGUUUUUCUUUUACUUUUGUUUUGGGUACUCUUGGUAUACUUUGAACAAAUGUGUUUUUCUGCUCAAAAUACUUGCAAAUUAUUGCAAAGUUUUCAUUCCAAAUUCUAGAGUUUUGGAUUGUUACUUUUGAGAAACUGUUUCUCACACUAGUUCCCCUCUAAUUGUUAUAGCUUAGUAAAUGCACCUACUUUGCUGUAUUCAACUUUGUAUAGUUAAACAAAGUUAUAUACAAAGACUUUGGUGUUUAAUCGUUGGAGUCUGUUUUGCUAAUUGUAGUGUGCAAGGGGCAUAGUGAGCCUGAUGGAAGAUUUCCUCAGGUGAGUUGAGUCCCACCAUCAAAACUAAGUGCCUGUUUUUAAAAAUAGAUUCUGCUGCAGGUUUUCAAAUUAGACUUUCAGCCUGCAUGAAUUAAUAGGGAUAUUCUUUGCUUUACUUGCAUAAUUGUAAUUGAUUUAAACAUGUAUGUCAGAAUUCACAGGCCCAUACUAACUGUCCUUAAUUUCUUUCCUACAGCAGUACUGCUAUAUGCCAGUCCUGUCUGCAUUCUUAAGGGUGCAGUUCAACACAUCCUCUCUAGAUUAUGGUGAAAAAGUAUUCCAAAGGAAGUCUUAUCAGAGCUAGUGUCAGAAAGAAUGACACUACCAAUUGGGCAUGAUCGUCAGCAUAGGAGAUGUCUUAGAAUUUUAUUAUUUUGUCCUAAAUUUUAAUGCUAUACUAUUUGUAUAGCUAUUAUCACUUUUCUAAAGCAUAGUGUGCCUUUGUGGUUCUUGUUAUAUACUGUUUGGGCUUCUUUAAGAUAUUUUGCAGUUUGAAAAGCAAAUAUUGGAAUUUUAACCAAGAGACGAACACAUCUCUUUGUACACCACUUUUCUUUUGUGUGCAUCAUAGUAACUGGUAGAAUAAUAUAUCAUAAGUUAUAUGUUUCCAGUUAUGAUUGUACUUUCUAAGAAAUAGAAUUAUAUAUUGGGUCAAGGAAAAAACUUUAAAAAGAAUGAAGCCCUUUUUAGUAAUGUGACGUGAAAAUAUGAUUGUAGGAAUUUUUUUUAUAAUCAGAUUUUCUAAGUUACAACUGUUUAGAUCACUGUAUGAAGAACUUAUGUUAGUCAGUUACUAUAGUCAGGAUUUUAACAGCUUGCAACAGGUAAUGUUUUGAAUAUAAAUAUCUUUCCAAAGUGUUACUAAUGGUAAAGAGAUAAUUUUCUAGGCUUCUAUUCUGCUGCUUGAAGUCAGAACUGCUGAUGGAGACAAAGGCACGAAAGUGAGGGAAGACCCCUGAUCCUAAAAUGAAUGCUAGAACCUACAUGGAUGUUAUGCGAGAACAACAUUUGACUAAGGAAGAGAGAGAAAUUAGGCAACAACUAGCAGAAAAAGCUAAAGCUGGAGAACUAAAAGUUGUCAACGGAGCAGCAGCAUCCCAGCCUCCCUCAAAACGAAAACGGCGCUGGGAUCAAACUGCUGACCAGACUCCUGGUGCCACUCCCAAAAAGCUGUCAAGUUGGGAUCAGGCAGAGACCCCUGGGCAUACCCCUUCUUUAAGAUGGGAUGAGACACCGGGUCGUGCAAAAGGAAGUGAAACACCUGGAGCAACCCCAGGCUCAAAAAUAUGGGAUCCUACACCUAGUCAUACACCUGCGGGAGCUGCUACUCCUGGACGAGGAGAUACACCGGGCCAUGCAACCCCGGGCCAUGGCGGUGCAACUUCCAGUGCCCGUAAAAACAGAUGGGAUGAGACCCCCAAAACAGAAAGAGAUACUCCUGGGCAUGGAAGUGGGUGGGCUGAGACUCCUCGAACAGACCGAGGUGGAGACUCUAUUGGUGAGACACCAACUCCUGGAGCAAGUAAAAGAAAGUCUCGUUGGGACGAAACGCCAGCUAGUCAAAUGGGCGGAAGCACUCCUGUUCUGACUCCAGGAAAAACACCAAUUGGCACACCAGCCAUGAACAUGGCCACCCCCACUCCAGGUCACAUAAUGAGCAUGACUCCUGAGCAGCUUCAGGCUUGGCGGUGGGAGAGAGAGAUUGAUGAGCGCAACCGCCCACUUUCUGAUGAGGAAUUAGAUGCUAUGUUCCCAGAAGGAUACAAGGUCCUUCCCCCUCCAGCUGGCUAUGUUCCUAUUCGAACUCCAGCUCGAAAGCUGACAGCAACUCCCACACCUUUGGGCGGUAUGACUGGUUUUCACAUGCAAACUGAAGACAGAACUAUGAAAAGUGUCAACGACCAGCCAUCUGGGAAUCUUCCAUUUCUAAAACCUGAUGACAUUCAGUACUUUGACAAACUAUUGGUUGAUGUAGAUGAGUCAACACUUAGUCCAGAAGAGCAAAAAGAAAGAAAAAUAAUGAAGUUGCUUUUAAAAAUUAAGAAUGGUACACCUCCAAUGAGAAAGGCUGCCUUACGUCAGAUUACUGAUAAAGCUCGAGAAUUUGGAGCUGGACCACUGUUUAACCAGAUUCUUCCUCUAUUGAUGUCCCCUACACUUGAGGAUCAAGAGCGACAUUUACUUGUGAAAGUUAUUGACAGAAUAUUGUAUAAACUUGAUGACUUGGUGCGGCCAUAUGUGCACAAGAUUCUUGUGGUUAUCGAGCCACUGUUGAUUGAUGAAGAUUACUAUGCUAGAGUGGAAGGCCGAGAAAUUAUUUCUAAUUUGGCAAAGGCUGCUGGUCUGGCUACUAUGAUUUCUACCAUGAGACCUGAUAUAGAUAACAUGGAUGAAUAUGUCCGAAACACAACAGCUAGAGCUUUUGCUGUUGUAGCCUCUGCUCUGGGCAUUCCUUCUUUAUUGCCUUUCUUGAAAGCUGUGUGUAAAAGCAAGAAGUCUUGGCAAGCGAGGCACACUGGUAUUAAGAUUGUACAACAGAUAGCCAUUCUCAUGGGCUGUGCUAUCUUGCCACAUCUCAGAAGUUUAGUUGAAAUCAUUGAACAUGGUCUCGUGGAUGAGCAGCAGAAAGUUCGGACCAUCAGUGCUCUGGCCAUUGCUGCUUUGGCUGAGGCAGCAACUCCUUAUGGUAUUGAGUCUUUUGAUUCUGUGCUCAAGCCCCUAUGGAAGGGUAUUCGCCAACAUAGAGGAAAGGGUCUGGCUGCUUUCUUGAAGGCUAUUGGGUAUCUUAUUCCUCUUAUGGAUGCAGAAUAUGCCAACUACUAUACUAGAGAAGUGAUGCUAAUCCUUAUUCGAGAAUUCCAGUCUCCUGAUGAAGAAAUGAAGAAAAUUGUUUUGAAGGUGGUGAAACAGUGUUGUGGAACUGAUGGUGUAGAGGCAAACUACAUUAAGACAGAGAUUCUUCCACCUUUCUUUAAACACUUCUGGCAGCACAGAAUGGCUUUGGAUAGAAGAAAUUACCGACAGUUAGUCGAUACAACUGUGGAGUUGGCAAACAAAGUGGGCGCGGCAGAGAUCAUAUCUAGGAUUGUUGACGAUCUGAAGGAUGAAGCUGAGCAGUACCGGAAAAUGGUGAUGGAAACCAUUGAGAAAAUUAUGGGCAAUCUAGGUGCAGCGGAUAUUGACCAUAAACUUGAGGAACAGCUUAUUGAUGGCAUUCUCUAUGCUUUCCAAGAACAGACUACGGAGGAUUCAGUAAUGCUGAAUGGCUUUGGCACAGUAGUCAAUGCUCUUGGCAAACGAGUCAAACCAUACUUGCCUCAGAUCUGUGGUACAGUUUUAUGGCGUUUGAAUAAUAAAUCAGCUAAAGUUAGGCAACAAGCAGCUGACUUGAUUUCUCGAACUGCUGUUGUCAUGAAGACUUGUCAAGAGGAAAAACUGAUGGGGCACUUGGGUGUGGUGCUGUAUGAGUAUCUGGGUGAAGAGUACCCUGAAGUAUUGGGCAGCAUUCUUGGAGCACUGAAGGCUAUUGUAAAUGUAAUAGGUAUGCAUAAGAUGACACCACCAAUUAAAGAUCUGUUGCCUAGACUCACCCCCAUCUUGAAGAACAGACAUGAGAAAGUACAAGAGAAUUGUAUUGAUCUUGUUGGGCGUAUUGCUGACAGGGGAGCUGAGUAUGUAUCUGCAAGAGAGUGGAUGAGGAUUUGCUUUGAACUUUUAGAGCUUUUAAAAGCUCACAAAAAAGCUAUUCGAAGAGCUACAGUCAAUACAUUUGGUUAUAUCGCAAAGGCUAUUGGCCCUCACGAUGUAUUGGCUACACUUCUAAACAACCUCAAAGUUCAGGAAAGGCAGAACAGGGUUUGUACUACUGUAGCAAUAGCCAUUGUUGCUGAAACAUGCUCACCCUUCACAGUGCUCCCUGCCCUAAUGAAUGAGUACAGAGUUCCUGAGCUUAAUGUUCAAAAUGGAGUGUUAAAAUCACUCUCCUUCCUGUUUGAGUAUAUCGGUGAAAUGGGAAAAGACUACAUCUACGCUGUAACACCUUUACUUGAGGAUGCAUUAAUGGAUAGGGACCUUGUACACAGACAGACCGCUAGUGCAGUGGUACAACACAUGUCACUUGGUGUUUAUGGAUUUGGCUGUGAAGAUUCUCUGAAUCACUUACUGAACUAUGUGUGGCCUAAUGUGUUUGAGACAUCUCCCCAUGUAAUCCAGGCAGUUAUGGGAGCUCUGGAGGGCCUGAGGGUUGCUAUUGGACCAUGCAGAAUGUUGCAGUAUUGCUUACAGGGCUUGUUUCACCCAGCUCGGAAAGUCAGAGAUGUAUAUUGGAAAAUUUACAACUCCAUCUACAUUGGCUCCCAGGAUGCUCUCAUAGCACAUUACCCAAGGAUCUACAAUGAUGAUAAGAACACCUAUAUUCGUUACGAACUUGACUAUAUCUUGUAACUUUACUUUGUGUCCAAUACAGCUGUUUCACACUUUAAACUUGCUUUGAUCUGAUGAUAUAAACUUGUAAAACAUUGCAGAUCAGUGUAGAGCUGGUCAUAGCGGAGGGGGUAGAAAUCCAGUAGCAUGAUUUUUAAAUAACCUUUGUUUUUUGAUGUUAAACAGUAAAUGCCAGUAGUGACCAAGGACAGUGAUUAUACACGCUAUACUGGAGGGAUAUCAUUUUUUAUUCAUCUUUAUGAAGAUUUAGAAUUCAUUCCUUGUGUUUAAAGGGAAUGUUUAAUUGAGAAAUAAACAUUCAUGUACAAAAUGCUAAUUUGUGUGUGUUUUUUGAAUAUGACUUGUAAAAUGCAGAACUUUGGUAAAGUACUGGUUUGUGUAGAAUAAGUGGCUUAAUUUCAUAUCCUGUCACCUAGUUUAUUAUGGAAACAUAGCUAGCAGAACGCAAACUAUAUAGUGAUGGCCUGCUUGUCAAAAGUCCAUCGUUUUGUUGAUGAUGAGAAGAGUAGCUUUGGGGGUGCCCCUCCCCUCAAUGUAGCAUAACCAUUCCAUCACCAUAGAAAAGUAGCACUUUGAACUGUCUUGGGUAUUAUUUUGUACUUGCCUAGCACCUUUCACCUCUUGAUUUCUCAAAAUGCUUUAUGAAUGGACAUAAUGCCCCACUUUGAUGGCCUGUGCCUAUAAAGUGGAGAAGCUAUCUGUACCUCAGAACUGUAUGUCCUGUUGGGAGAGAGGCUACUUAAGAAAUGCUAGUAUAGUAGGACAGUCUUCAGGCUUUGUGGUAUGCCACUAAUCAGUUUAUUUGUAAGUAGCUGUUGAACACCUGCUGAAUGCUAGCCACUGUUGAUGAUCUGCCUUUUGCGUGUGCAGUGUCCUUAGGUACCAGGAUGUUAUGUAAUGGCAGAUGCACAAAUGCCUAGAUUUCCUUGGUUUGUAUGUAGCAGUCAGACACUGUAUUGGUUUAAGUGUGAGCAUAAGCCAAAACGCUUUCAAUUCAUGAAGACCAAGUAUUAAGGGGCUAUUUUAAUGUUUUGGGGCAACUUUUGAAUCAGUUUUAUUUAAUUUUAUGCCCCAAAUUUCUUGUUUUAAAAAGCUUUUCUAGCUAUUCUAGCCAUCACUCUUUUGUCUCCCUCUGUACUCGUCUCAAUUCUAAAAGGAAAUAAAUUCUGCCUCCAGUGUGACUGGCAUGUGACUCUACCACCCUCAGAAUUCCAGGAGCGCUAGGCAACCUGUGCUUCUGACAAGGGAGACUCUCUGGCUGAAGCUUAGGUGAGAAAUAGCUUCUGCUUUGCUUUUACAGAAGGGAUACUGAGCACUAAUUGUUCCCAUACACGGAUCCUUGUUCCUUGUAUGUGGUCUGGCUAUCAUUGUGUAGUAAACCAUUUUCCUGUUCUUAGAAAUUUUCUAGCCAUACCUUAUGCACUUUUAAAUAUUGUUGUUUUAUAUAGUUGAUUUCAAAUAACCCUUGGCAAUUAUAACCUUGAAUAUAGUUCUCAAAGUUAAAUUUUGAUUUUUAAACUACUUGGGAAAAUUUUAUUGCAUUAUUAAUUAAAAUAAGUUUGUUUAGCUCCUUGCUAUUUAUGGAAAAUAAGCUUUGCAGUGGAAAUGCAGCUCAAAAGAGACUUCUACCCCUUAAGUGACAUUUUCCUGGUGGACGUAAUCUGAGAAUGGAUAAGGGGAAAAAUGCUAAAGGCUGUAAUCUCAAGAUUAGGACCAAAUAGAUGCUCAGAGAUGUUUGGCUUGUGAAAUGCUCUUAAUAAAUAAGAAAAGCAUUUUGGGAUAAACCUUUGUGAAAGAUGCUAUGUCAAGUUUUAACUCUUCUCAAAGACCUUUUCUUUAGCACUUUGAUGUUUCUUAAGGUAAAACGUAGGCAGGAGGAAUUAAUGUUCUUAAGGGGACAGAAGGUGGGUUUUUCUCUGGGCUUUUUUUUUUUUUCCCCCUCCUCUGGGCCAUUGCCCUCUGAUGGAAUUAAUUAGUAUUUCUUUGGCUGUUUGAUUUUUUUAUAUUGUAUUUUUAAAAUUUGUUGUAUGGUGCCCUGUGAGCAUCAAGUACUACCAGAUAAAUAAAACUUAUUAUAUCUAAA